ACCGAAAAACAAAACAGAGCACAACUUAGACCAAAACAAAAAAACAAACAAAAAAAGACUUUUUAUUCGAACAAAAUUUAAUCCCUUUGUACCUUAUCCUUACAAGAAUCGAACUUACAUCUGUUCUUAGAGUAUCCAGUGAGAUAGUUCGAAUUGUAACAGUAUUUUUUUUCUUUUUCUAAUGGAUAACAACGAUGAGAUUAUGCUGGCGGAGAUGACGCCGAAGAGGCGUGCGGGACGGAGAGUGUUCAAGGAGACACGUCACCCAGUUUACAGAGGAAUACGGCGGAGGAACGGCGACAAAUGGGUCUGCGAAGUCCGAGAGCCGAUCCACCAGCGCCGCAUUUGGCUCGGGACUUAUCCCACGGCGGAGAUGGCAGCGCGUGCACACGACGUGGCGGCUUAUGCUCUGCGCGGGAGAUCCGCGUGUUUGAAUUUCGCCGACUCUGCCUGGCGGCUUCCGGUACCGGAAUCAACCGAUCCCGAUGUCAUCAGGAGAGUCGCGGCGGAAGCUGCGGAGAUGUUCAGGCCGACGGAAUACGAGAGCGGAAUUACGGUUUUGCCCUCUUACGGGGAUGAGGUGGACUUGGCUUUUGGUUCUGGUUCUGGUUCGGGAUCGGAGGAGAGGAAUUUGCAUGGGUAUGUGGAACAAGAAGAAGAAGAGGUUUCCACGACGAUGAUGAGACUCGCGACGGAGCCGUUAAUGUCGCCGCCGAGAUCGUACAUGGAAGGCAUGACUUCUAAUACUUACAUGGAAGAAGACAUGUCUUACCAAGAUAUGUCACUGUGGAGUUACAACUAUUAAGCGGGACGUAUACGCAUAUAUUUACCGUAUUUGUGUGUCAGUGUGUACAUGUGCGAUAGACCAAUAGUGUGUGAAAUGAAUUGUAAGAUUUUCCUAGUAUUAGAUCCUCUGUCUGACUUAGAAGGUUCCUUGACGGAUUGUAUUGUUCUUUAUAAGGUUUUAUAAAAAUGGAUGGGCUUUAUGAAUC